AUGUCGCUAGUAAACGAAUCAACAGCGAUAUGUGGUGGGAUUAGUGUCUAUGACAAACUGUUUAACUUUUUAAACAAUGAUAUAAAUCAAACAAAAUGUGCUUUGAUGAACGACGGUGUCAUUUCAGAAAUAUACAAUACUGGGCGCAAUUUCUAUGCAUAUUUUACCCCGGUUAUACUGUUGAUAGGAAUUUUAGGAAAUUCAUUAUCUCUAAAUGUUUUCAUAUCGCGGAGUAUGCGUUGUUUGUCAGCUAGUACAUAUCUAGCUACAUUAUCAGCAUCAGACCUUUCAGUACUGAUAUUCUAUGUCACAGUUGAAUGGCUAAGAAGAGGGCUUGCGUAUUUAGUACCAGAAGCAAAAAUAUAUUUUUUAGAUGUAAAUGGCAUGUGUCAGCUACAAAUUUAUCUGUCAUAUGUAUCACGUUUUUUAUCAGCUUGGAUAAUUGUAGCUUUUACAGUUGAACGUUACAUUGGUGUGUGUCAUCCGUUACAAAGACGAUAUAUCUGCAGUUCUAAAAGCACAAAGCAAAUUGUAUCCAGUAUAUUCCUUAUUGCAGUAGUAAUUGUGAUAUAUAAACCUGUUUUAAGUGGCGUUUAUAAAAGUAGUGUGGGAACGCCAUAUUGCACUGGAAGCAAGGAGCAUGGUUUUGCAGCUUUUGUUCUUGAUAGCAUUUUUGCGAUUCUAAUAACACUAGUUCCAUUUAUUGUAAUAACAGUGUUGAACAUUUUGAUAAUGAGGAAGCUGUUUAUCAGAAACAAACGACAAAAAGCCUGUAGAGUUAUUACUGAAGAAAGUGUAAUACGACUUGAGUUUACAAUUAUCCUAUUAGCUAUAUCCGUUUGCUUUAUUGCCUUUAAUACACCAUACUUUGUUUUAUGGUGUAGAAACUUUCUAAAUUCUAAAUAUGUAUCUAGAUAUGUGGACAAUGCAUCUGAUGCUAAUUUACAGUACUGGAGAGGUUUACUUUACAUCGCCCGUACGAUAUUUUACAUGAACUACUGUGUCAAUUUCUUCUUAUAUAGUAUAACUGGUGCAUACUUCCGGCGAGAAGUGCGUAUGUUAUUCACGUACUCAAAUAGUAAUGCAACGCAACAACAACCAAUAUUCACCAGAUGUACCCGUAAUUCAAAAUAUAAUACUCCACUCACGUGGUUGUGAUCAACAAUACGGUGUGAUGAUUUCUGCUUUUGAAAAUAUCCAUUUUCUCCAAUAACGAACUGAAUUAAACACAUUUUUCUUUUUGUUAUUCUGUUUUGUAAAAUAUUUCUGUUUCAUAAAAAUCAAGAUUAUAAUGUAAAUCUGUACUCU